AUGAAGGGCUCAGUAAUAUCUGUUUUGGUGGUCUUGGCUCUGGUGGCCCAGGACAGAUUGGCUGGUGGACUGGAACACAGAUCAUAUGACUACACAAAGUACCACACCAUGGAUGAGAUUUCAGCCUGGAUGAAUCAGAUGGAAAGGGAAAACCCAGACGUUGUGUCCAGCAUGAUAUAUGGACAAACUUAUGAGAACAGGAACAUUACAUUACUAAAGAUCGGCUUCAACAGCACCACACCCAAGAAAGCCAUUUGGAUGGACUGUGGGAUUCAUGCCAGGGAAUGGAUCGCUCCAGCUUUCUGCCAGCAUUUUGUUAAAGAGAUCCUGGGCUCCUACAAAACAGACUCGAAAGUGAACAAGAUGUUUAAAAACCUGGACUUCUACAUCACCCCAGUGCUGAACAUGGACGGAUAUAUUUAUUCCUGGAGGGAUAACACAACUCGACUAUGGAGGAAGUCCAGAUCACCAGGCACUGGAAACUGCACAUGUUUUGGCACUGACCUUAACCGCAACUUUUAUGCUAACUGGGGGAUGGUGGGGAUCUCCAGGAACUGCUGUUCAGAGAUCUAUAACGGACCGACUGCUCUGUCAGAGCCAGAGGCCAAAGCCGUCACUGACUUUUUGGGAGCACAUCAAAACCAACUACUCUGUUAUCUCACCAUCCACUCGUACGGUCAGCUGAUCCUCGUCCCCUAUGGACACCCCAACAUCUCAGCACCCAAUUACGAUGAACUGAUGGAAGUAGGUCUCGCUGCAGCUAAAGCCAUCGUAGCAGUGCAUGGGAAGAGCUACAAAGUGGGCACUUCACCUGAUGUACUGUAUGCAAAUUCUGGCUCUUCACGUGAUUUCGCGAGGCUCAUAGGGAUCCCAUACUCCUUUACGUUUGAGUUACGAGAUGAAGGGAACUACGGCUUCAUUCUACCCGAGGAUCAAAUCCAGCCCACAUGUGAAGAAGCUUACCAGGGUGCAAUGUCCAUCAUAAACUAUGUCCAUGAUAAGAAUUUCAAAAGUGCAGCUAUUACAGUCACAGCCACACUGUGGACAACACUGACCGCCUUAUGGAUCUCAAGCGCUAAUGUGUUUUAGACCACUAUAUCAAAACGGAGCAUGUGAUUUUAUAUUCAAACAUGCUUGUUUUCUUUAAUGCUCAAACAAGA